AUGAAUCUGGGACUUGUCCUCCUGUUUUUUUUCCUUGGUUACGCCGUUGCCAUUUCCUUCUUCAAAAGCAGCAACAUUAGUUCAUACGCUCCCCAGAAAGCAAUAUGCCCGCUGGGCCAAUUGACAAGGUCGUCUACCACCGGGUUGAAUUCCAACGAGAAGCUGUACAUCGACAGCAGGUAUCCCAUAGCGAAGCUGAACUUGGCAACGUUUUUAAAAGAUGCCAAUUUGAAAAAUUUCAGUGUGGACUCGUUUUUGAAUAACGCAAACCCAACCAUUGGCCUCGCAUUUUCCGGCGGAGGCUAUAGAGCACAACUCACAGGAGCGGGCCAGUACGCUGCCUUGGACUCGCGCAACCAAGUUACAAAGGGAAAGGGGCUUGGUGGGAUCUUGCAACUGGCUAGUUAUAUCGCAGGCUUGUCCGGAGGCGCAUGGCUAGUCGGAUCCGUCGUCAGUAAUGAUCUCAUUUCCAUCGACGAUUUGGAAUCGCAGAGCAAGUUGUGGCAAACACAAACGUCGAUCCUUGACUAUUAUGGCGUUUUCGAUGUUUUGGACAACCAAGGGAUGUGGCUCAACAUUGGCUUUGACGUGCAAGCAAAGCAAUUUGCUGGAUUCGACACGAGCAUCACCGACUUGUGGGGCAGAGCCUUGAGUUACCAAUUGCUCGCAAACUACCCCAAUAACGGUGCCGGUUUCACCUUCUCAAGCGUGAUGGACUUGCCGCUGUAUCAGAGCCACCAGGCGCCAUAUCCUAUUUUAGUGUCGCUAGGAAGGGAGCCCGGCACUUCAGUCAUCAAUGUCAACAGCACCAUCUUCUCCAUGACACCGCACGAGUUGGGAAGCGAGGAUCCCUCGCUUCAAUCGUUUGCACAAACAAAGUACCUUGGUUCCAAACUCGACAAUGGCUACCCGGUUAAAAACUGCUAUACUGGCUUUGACAAUGCCGGUUUCUUUAUGGGCACGUCUUCGAGUUUGUUCAAUUCCAUCAUCACAACCUUGAGCAGAAGCUUGGUCCCGAAAUUCAUCCAGGACCUCAUUACGAAUUUCGCAGUGGAUGCAUUCGAGGGGCUCAACACUGAUGUGGCAAACUACAACCCCAACCCAUUCUACAAGAGUCAAAACCCGUCGAAUUCAAUUGAGAAAUCCCAAUCUUUGCAUUUGGUUGAUGGUGGCGAAGACGACGAAAAUAUCCCGUUGGUGCCCUUGGUGCGUAAAGGCUUGAGUGUCAUUUUCGCCUUUGAUGCUUCUCGUGACGUUGCGGGUUACCCAGCAGGCUCUUCGCUAAUCAGCACAUAUCAAAGACAAUUUUCAUCGCAGGGAAACUUUGCUUUCCCCCACGUUCCUGACCAAAAGACGUUUAGAAAUUUGAAUCUCACUGCAAAGCCUUGCUUUUUCGGCUGUGAUGCUAAAAACAUGUCAGACUUGAGCUCAAACCCGUUGGAAAUCCCCUUGGUGAUUUACUUUGCCAAUAGACCAUUCUCGUUCUGGUCAAAUACAUCGACUUGGAAGUUGGCUUACCCCACAGAAGACCGCAAUGCAAUGAUACAAAACGGGUUCGAAACUGCAACUCGCUUGAAUGGUACCCUCGAUGACGAAUGGAACGCUUGCGUUGGCUGUGCAAUCAUUAGAAGAGAACAAGAAAGAUUAAACAUCCAGCAAACCGAGCAGUGUCGAAAGUGCUUCCAGAAAUACUGCUGGGAUGGACUGUACUACACUGGAGACCUGAUAGGAGAUAAUUUCGAUUACAACGGGAUGACAGAAAAUGGCGAUGUAUUCAACGCGCAAUCCAUUCCAGGGUUUGACGACACCGGUGCCGAUGUCAGCGUACCGAACCAAUCGAAUUAA